CAGGAUUCCUGUUCUGCAGGGAGAACCGACACAUACGUGCUCCUUCACCAUGGAGGCUACGGCCAAGUACGACUAUAAAGCUACAGCCGGCGAUGAGCUCAGCUUCAGAAAGGGAGAGCUCUUGGUGAUUCUGCAGGCCACUGGAAACUGGUACAAAGCAGAACUCAAUGGGCGUGACGGGUUCGUACCCAAAAACUUCAUCAACAUUCAUCUGCCCAGCUGGUACCGGGAGGACUUCAGCCGCAGAGAGGCCCAGGAGACGCUGCUGACACAGCCUGAGGGGGCCUUCCUCGUGCGGGGGAGUGGAAACACAGCUACGGGGGACUUCUCCAUCUCAGUCAG